AAAAUGGCACUAAGCGAAAACUGCAAAACGCAAACUGCAAAAGAGCAAGGGUCGGUGGGGAAUCCUCCAUCGGAUGUCAUUGAGCUAAACGUGGGUGGACAGGUGUAUUACACUCGCCAUGCCACAUUGACAAGCUUUCCAAAUUCCUUACUUGGCAAGCUGUUCUCUAACAAGAAGGGGUCUUCAAAUGACUUGUCCCGGGACUUCAGAGGACGUUAUUUUGUUGACAGGGAUGGCUUUCUGUUUCGGUAUGUAUUAGAUUAUCUGAGAGACAAGCGAGUUGUCCUCCCUGAUCACUUUCCCGAGAAAGGAAGGUUGAAACGCGAGGCGGAAUACUUCCAGCUGCCAGAUUUGGCAAAACUUUUGUCGUCCGAGGAAUCAAAACUAUUGUCAGACGACUUGUACAAUGAUUUGGAUGAUGCGUCGCAGGGCAGCGACCAGCUAUUUUACCCCUCUUAUUCCUUGGACGGGAGGUAUGGCUACAUCACGGUCGCGUUUAAAGGCGCGUGCGCGGGGGGUGGCAGAGAAAGUCAACUUGAUAAUAAGGCAAAAAAGUUACCGAGGAUCUUCAUCAGCAGUAGGAUUGGCUUGGCGAAAGAGGUAUUUGGAGACGCCCUGAAUGAGAACAGGGACUCGGACAGACCACCGGACCGUUACACCUGCAGGUUUUACCUCAAGUUCAGGCACCUGGAGAGAGCUUUUGACAUGCUGUCAGAGAGCGGCUUUCACAUGGUGGCCUGCAAUUCGUCCCUGACUGCGUCCUCCAUCGGUCAUUACGCGGAGGACAAGGUCUGGUCCAAUUACGCACAGUACAUCUUCUACCGUGGGCCCUCAAGGUGGUUGUCCUCUCACGGUGAUUGCUGCUGCAAGAGCCACAAAAGCGAGCGGGAAGGAGAGAGCGGCACUUCCUUCAAUGAGCUCUCCACUUCCUGUUCUGAGACCCAAUCGGAGGCCAGCUCCCCUCAAGGAACCGUGAUCUGUGGCCCUGUGAGCUGGCGUGCCAACAUCCAGACGCUGGACCGUCCCAUGCCCAAAGGAUCAGUUCACAUGAUGCAGCAGGCAGAGAUGCGCCGCAAGACUGAUAUGUUGCAUGUGAGAACCUUCGGGGUCCGAGAUCGGGAGGCUGCAAAGAGAAAAGCCAACAAGGAGAAGAUGACUCCAGAGCAAGAGCUGGAUAAAUGCAUCCAGGACUUCCGGCGCAUCAGGAUCCCUGAUCGCUUUCCGGAGAGGAAGUACAUGUGGCAAUCAGAUCUCCUGAGAAAGUAUCGCCUCUGAAAUGAGUUUUAAAAUGAAGGAGAAGGUCGUCAUCAUGUCACCAUCAAUGAAGAGUAUUAACUGCAUAUAGACUGCACUCUCUAAGGCACAUACUGUAAUAGAAAAGAAACAAAAAACUAUGAACACUUUCCCGCUAGCAUGACUAGCUGAGCACACACAGUACAAAGCAGUGGGGGUCAUUGAUUUGUUAAGUAUGCACAGUGUUGUGUAUGAUAUGCAUAUGUGUAAAUCAGGUUACUCCUGCUGGGGGAUUACAUCACUAAACCUGUUCUCACUCCAGAGAGCGGCUUCUUUAUCACUACUCAAGCAACAAAGCAACCUCAGGGGCAACACCGUUUCAAUUCAUCAACCUAUCAUAUACUGUAUGUGCAAUUGACCACAGUAGCUGAUUUUAAAAAAUGGAUGUACCCAUAUGGUGCUGUGAGUUAGCAAUGGAAUAUCACUAUACUCCACUGAUAACACAUAUACUCAUAGUCGGCUUUGAUAUCGGCACUGCAUGUCAUUCCACCCUUAGCAUAAUUAUGCAAUAUCAAACAAACUUUAAAUUCACUGUUUUGUGUGAUGGGUAAAAAAGGGUGUGUUACAACUGGGGCUAACUUAAAGGAAAGCACUGCCUAGAUAUGUUUGCCAUUGUAAAAGUUUUUGUCCAAUGUUGUCAUUAUGUGAUGGAUCGAUGAUGUUGUGUAGGUAGA